UCUCUCUCUCUCUCAAACCUCCCACUUUCCUUAUUCUCCACUUCAUCAACCUCUUUCUCUCUCUCUCUCUCUCUCUCUCUCUCUCUUUUAUAGAUAGAUGGCAACAAAACCAGCUGAAGAAGCUCCUGGAUCCUUAAAAUACCAGACAUGGGUCCUGAAAGUCUCAAUUCACUGUGAAGGCUGCAAGAAGAAAGUGAAGAAAGUCCUUAAAGGCAUUGAAGGGGUUUACACGACGACGGUUGAUUCUCAGCAGCACAAGGUGACGGUGACUGGCAACGUGGAGGCAGAGACCCUUCUCAAGAAGCUGUUGAGGUCAGGCAAACACGCCGAGCUUUGGCCUGAAACUAAGAAAGCCAAAAAAUCCAAAUCAAAGAAUAAUAAUAAUGAAAAGAAGGCCACAGAUGGUAGUGAAAAAGAUGGCGAUCAUGACGAUGGCCAUGGUGAUAAACCUGAUCAAAUCAACGGCGAUGAUGAUGCUGAUGAUGGUGGUGAGUCGGACAAAGAGGGGGACGAAAGUAAUGAAGGUGCUGGUGGUGGUGGAAAUAAUGCAAGUACUGGGGCUAAAAAGAAGAAAAAGAAGAAGAAGAAGAAAGGGCAAAAUGAUAAUUCUACUAAUGUCAGCGGCGGUGGCAAACCCAGUGACACAUAUUUUGGUGAUGCUCCGGGUAUCGGAAUUGUGCCGUCUAUGGCUGCUCAUGAGGUGACUCAAGCGAUGGGCUCCAUGAAUAUGGGCCCACCAAUUCAGCACGUAUACCCCGGCCCAUACCCUUCAUCAAUGUACUAUCAGCCUCCAACAUAUGGGCUAAGUUACAAUACGGCCUAUCCUACGAGUACAGCUACUUCAUACUUUGCUCCUGAUGCCAUGCAUUCUACUACGUAUUCUCACCCGGAUAUGUACUCGCCUGCUCUGCCGUUCGAUUCCUUCGAAACAUUCUAUGUGGAGGAUGACGACCACGAUGGAGACGAAAGUGGGUGUCACAUUAUGUGAGAAUUAGAAUUAUGAGGGUUAUGUAUACGUACGUACGUUGAACUAAUUAAUGUAUUAUAUACUAGUAUAUAUAUAUAUAUAUAGUGUGUGUGUACUUUGGGGGGGAAAAGAGGAUUAAUUUUGUAACAUGUAAUAAUUAAUGGGUCUGGUCUUUGUUAUUAUAUAUAUAUAUAUAUAUAUAUAUAUAUAUAUUAUAUAGAUAUGUAGCUAUAGCUUUUUUACUA